GAAUCCCCCAGCCAGAAUGCUUUAAGAGGGGAGGACUACAACUCCCAGAAUCCACUAGCAGGCAUUCUUUAAGAGGAGAGGACUUCAAUUCCCAGAAUCCCCCAUCCAGGAUGCUUUAAGAGGGGAGGAGUUCAACUCCCAGAAUCCCCCAGCAGGCAUGCUUUAAGAGGGGUAGACUACAACUCCCAGAAUCCACUAGUAGGCAUUCUUUAAUAGGGGAGGUCUACAACUCCCAGAAUCCCCCAGCCGGCAAACUUUAAGAAGGGUGGACUACAACUCCUAGAAUCCCCCACAUCCGCAGAACGGUCCUAAGUGUGCAAAUGGGCCCUGCCUCCCCUUUUUCAGGGCCGUUUGUAACUUGGAACAAUCGCUAAACAAACUGUCGUACGUUCGCGAGGACCAGCUGUACUGGACCAAGCGAAUAUUUUCUGACCUUUUCCACCCUGCAGCUGGCAUCAGGGUCAUGAUCAAAACGGAAGAGCCGCAUUCCGAUGAAUGUCCCGGAGACUUGGAGCCGCAUCAGUUGUCUAGCAGUUCAGAGGGCGAUUUCCAGGGUCUGUACCCUGAAGCUCCCUGCGGCAGCCCCUACAGCACCGCCACCCUGCUGGGAAACUUCGCUGGCAACAAACUGGAGGAACGAAGCGAGUAUGACAUGAACUUCGGCGAGAUCAAGAGAGUUACUGUGCAGCACAGCAACUGCACGGAUGACGGGAUCGUAAUCAAAAUGGAGGAAGAAGAAGAGGAAAAGGAGGAGGAGGAAGAAGAGGAAGAAGAGGAGGAGGAGGAAGAAGACCCCAUCUGUUUGGAGAAUCGGCAGUUGUUUUCGUCCCACGUCGAGCCGCCCUGCUCGCUGACUUGCAAUGUAGAGGUUCUCCGGGAGGAACAGAGGGUGACCAAGCCACCCCGACCCACCGUGGGGAUCUGCGCCCCGCUUUGUGAGAGAGACAGUAGCGUUGAAACACGACCGGUCAUGCUGCAGCAGCGAAACCGGACGCGUGAGCGGCCGUACAUCUGUCCGGACUGCGGCAAGAGCUUCAUGCUGCGGAUCAACUAUAUAAUCCAUCAGCGCAACCACCUCAAGGAGGGGCCCUAUGAGUGCCAUGCCUGUGACCUAAGCUUCCGCAUCAAGCAGCAAUACCUCCUGCACCAGCGGCUGCACACGGUGCAACGCGGGGUGGCUCCUCCGCCCCGCCGUGGACAGGCGUACCCUAACAAGCAUAGCUUCAAGCAACAGCCUCAGCCACCCCCACCACCUGGCAAGCCCUACAAGUGUAGCGAGUGCAACAGCAGCUUCAGCCACAAGUCGAGCUUGAGCAAGCACCAGAUCACGCAUGUCGGCGAACGCCCGUACUCGUGCGACGAGUGCCGGAAGAGCUUCCGGCUGCAGAUCUCACUGGCCAUGCACCAGCGGGUGCACGCCAGCAAAACCGAGCUCUCCUUCAUCUGUCCUCAGUGCGGGAAGGCCUUCAGUCGGCCGUCUCACCUGCUGCGACACCAGCGGAUUCACACGGGCGAACGGCCAUAUAAGUGUAGCCAGUGCGACAAGACGUUCAGCGAGAAGUCAAAGCUGACCAACCACUACCGGGUGCACACCCGUGAGCGGCCCCAUGCCUGCAGCGAGUGCGGCAAGGGUUUCAUCCGCAAGCACCAUCUGCUCGAGCACCAGCGUAUCCACACGGGCGAGCGGCCGUACCACUGUGCCGAGUGUGGGAAGAAUUUCACCCAGAAGCAUCACCUGCUCGAGCACCAGCGUGCGCACACGGGUGAGCGGCCGUACCCAUGUACGGAGUGCGCCAAGUGCUUCCGUUACAAGCAGUCACUCAAGUAUCACUUGCGGACACACAUGGGGGAGUGAGGGGGAGUCCCUGUUUCCUGCCCCCCCCUUCCCCCCAAAGCCAGCCCCGGUAUUCAGGGACAGAGGACUUAAUCGAGGAGAGGGUGAAGGACGUUCUGCAGAGAUACCUACCUCUCUGCCCAACAGAGCACUGAAUCGGGGUCCCUCCCUCCAAGCCAGUAAUGGGUUUCUGGCUCAACUAACCUUCAUCUCUUCCAGCACUGUAACCUUGAUGGACACAAAUUAUCUUCUCCAAGCUUCUGGCUUCCUUUGCUUCCUCCCCCUUCUGUUCUUUUUGAUAAUAAAUGUGCAGCCUGAUUUAUUUGGUAA